AUGUUCAAAAUAACCGCCGCCACGUUCCUAGCCAUAGCCACCUCUUUCUCUGUUCUCUUUUCUCCCCCACCAAAAUCAUAUUAUCACUCGCUUUUCGUAUCCAAUUCCCUGUCCGAUAACGCUUCCAUAUCUCACGACCUCUACACCCUCACCCGCCGGCCGCAUGUUGCUGGCUCCCGAGCCAACGCCGAGGCUGCAGCCUAUGUUCUCUCCAUACUCUCCUCCUGCAACAUGCAGGCACACAUCGUUUCGUACGAGGUUUUACUGACCUACCCAGCUUCACGUUCAUUGACUCUGACACGUCGUCAUCCAGACCCACCUAUAACUUUUGAUCUGAAGCAGGAAAUAUAUGAGGGUGAUCCCUACGCAGAUGUGGCUAAUGAAGUUUUGCCUACUUUCCACGCAUACGCCAAGUCAGGUUCUGUCACUGGACCAGUGGCUUUUGUGAACUAUGGACGGAUAGAGGACUACGAGACAUUGAAAGAAAUGGGAGUAAACGUUACGGGUUCUGUGGUUUUGGCGAGAUAUGGACAGAUUUAUAGAGGAGACAUUGUGCAGAAUGCGUUUGAUGCUGGUGCUAUAGGGGCACUGACGUAUACAGAUAAGAAAGAUUAUGGAGGUGGGGGAGGUGAUGCAAAGUGGUUUCCCAAUGACAAAUGGAUGCCACCAAGUGGCGUUCAGGUGGGAUCAGUCUAUAACCAGCAAGGCGACCCUACUACGCCAGGAUGGGCUAGCACUGAAGAAAGUGAGAGGUUGUCAGUUGAGGAGGUGGAGAGGAGCGGAGAAGUUCCUCUAAUACCUUCAUUGCCAAUAUCAGGAGCAGAUGGUGAAACAAUCUUGAGGUCAAUUGGUGGACAAAUUGCAAAAGAUGAUUGGCAGGGGAGCAAAGAUGCCCCAACUUACAGAGUUGGGCCAGGGCCAGGAGUUGUGAAUCUCGAUUACAGUGGGAAACAAGUCAUUGCAACAAUUCAAAAUGUCAUUGGUGUUAUCGAAGGAAUGGAGGAGCCUGAUCGGUUUGUCAUUCUGGGCAAUCAUCGUGAUGCGUGGACAUUUGGAGCUGUUGAUCCCAACAGUGGUACCGCAGCACUGCUAGAGGUUGCCAAAAGACUCUGGAAGUUGAAAAAAAUUGGUUGGAAACCACGACGAACAAUUAUUUUGUGCAAUUGGGAUGCUGAGGAGUAUGGCUUGAUAGGAUCAACAGAAUGGGUAGAAGAAAACAGAGAAUUGCUGGCUUCAAGGGCAGUUGCAUACUUGAAUGUUGACAGCGGGGUAUCUGGGGCAGGAUUUCAAGCUGCUGCAACUCCACAACUUGACGAACUACUCAAACAAGCUGCUCAACAGGUUCAAGAUCCAGAUAACUCAUCACAAACAAUCUAUGAACAAUGGGUUGGGUCCCUUGAUUCUCCAGUGAUUGGAAGAUUAGGAGGAGCAGGUUCUGAUUAUGCGGCUUUUGUGCAACAUAUUGGUGUUCCAGCAGCUAACAUGCAAUUUGGAGAAGGAUACCCAGUAUAUCAUUCAAUGUAUGAUGACUACAUCUGGAUGGAAAAUUUUGGCGAUCCAAUGUUCCAUAGACAUGUUGCAGUGGCAAGUGUUUGGGGUUUAGCAGCUCUUUGGUUGGCAGACGAGGAGUUCUUGCCUUUUGAUUAUCACUCCUAUGCAUUUGAACUCCAGAAGAAUGCAAAAGACCUGGAAAAUGCGAUUUCAGAUAAGGGCAUAACCUUUUCUCCCUUGUUCAAGUCUAUCGAGGAGCUAUCAAUAGCAGCUAGCAACAUAAAUGACCAGAAAAAGGAAAUAAAAGAAGCUAGAGGUUGGACAUCAAUGUGGAGAAACAACCAUGUCAAAGUGCGACAGCUAAAUGACAGACUAAUGAUGGCAGAACGUGGAUUUACAGACCGUGAUGGACUUCUUAGAAGACCAUGGUACAAACACUUGAUUUAUGCUCCCUCAAGGCACAAUGAUUAUGGAUCUGCAUCCUUCCCAGGAAUAUACGAUGCAAUUGAAAAGGCAAAGAAUCUGAACACUGCUGAGUCAUGGCAUUUGGUGCAACACGAAGUCUGGAGGGUUUCUAGGGCUGUGAGGCAUGCCUCCUUAGUCCUUAAUGGAGAACUAACAUGAAAUGUGCAAGACGGAUCUAUCCUUGAGACAGUUAUGUACUUCAGUCAGACACUGAGAGAGUGAAGGGUCAUAAGAGCUCUCUAGAUUCUAAAAAAUUCACUUUCUUGCCAAAUUACACUAAAUCAAUCAUCAGUACAGAAUCAUAAAUCUUUAUAUCAUUGAAUUUAACUCAGGUUCCAAGGUAAAUUUCAAAAUCAAACACUAAUAAUCCAGAAUCGUAAAAAAAAGAAAAAAGAAAAAUAAAAGAAUUAAAAGGGGAUUGAUGACCAGGAAGGGCCUUCUUUGAUGUGAGCCAGUCGGCGCUCGUACUAGCGGAGAUUGAUGCAGUCACCACGCUUGAAGUAGACCUUGACGAGGACGAGGCCUUCUUCGUGGUU